UGUGAACCUAUAAAUACAGACACCAACUCCAAACUGCAACUGGAGAAAGUUGGACAUCUAAAAUAUAACAGAGAUGAGGGGGGUUUUGUGCGUGAUCGCUCUUUACCUGUGUUCGAAAAACAACGUGAAUGCUGAACCACGUUUGAGGAGAAAUGUCAUUGAAAAAGCUGUUAUUGAAGCCAAGACCAUGGUGGACUCAGCUUAUGAGUACUCCAGAAGAGUGAGCGUUGAGCGCGUGAGGAGGAAUGCAGUGAGUCCGUCAGACAUUCUGCGGUUGGUGAAGCAGCCUGUUGGGCAAACCCGUAAUGCUGUGCGUGCUGCUGACUAUAUGGAUAAUACCAUUAAACUCAUCAAGAGGUCUUUGGAAAGACGUGAAAAACGCUCCAUCAAUGCCACAGAUCUGAUUUCUGAGGAGAAUCUGCAGGUCAUUGCUGCCCUGACCGGCUGCUCUCCCAAACAUCGUUCAACUUCUUGCAAGACUAUUCCCGAUUUAAAUAAAUUUCGCACUGCAAGCAACGUCUGCAACAACAGACUUAACACCCUCUGGGGAGCCUCCAACACACCUUUCACCCGCUGGCUCCCUAAUGAGUAUGAGGAUGGAAUCUCUCUGCCCAAAGGCUGGGACCCUAAACGCAAAAUCAACAAACAUCUUCUUCCCUUGGUCAGAGAGGUGUCCAACAGAAUUUUGCGUACAGCAAACUCUGAUGUGGAGAGCGACCCACUCUACACUCACAUGGUCACAAUGUUCGGCCAGUGGACGGAUCAUGACCUGACCUUCACUCCUCACUCUCCUGUGAUUCGCUCGUUCAAUAAUGGGAUUGACUGUGACCAGAGCUGUGACCGGACAGAGCCCUGCUUCCCCAUCGAGAUUCCCAAGAAAGACCCUCGCUUUGGCAACCAAUCUGGGAGUUGCAUCCCCUUCUUCCGCUCAGCAGCAACUUGUGGUUCUGGCAACUUUGGCCACACGUUUGGAGCGAGCACCGUCCGUCAACAGAUCAACAGUCUCACGGCUUUCCUUGAUGUAGGUCAGGUGUACGGUUCAGAGGACACCAAAGCUCGUUUCCUACGAGACCUCACCUCAGAUAAGGGCCUGCUGAGAGUUAACAAACAGUUCACUGACAGCAGCCGUGAGCUCCUCCCCUUCUCCACCAUGGUUACCAACAUGUGUGCCACCCGAGCCCGCAUUACUAAUGACAGUAAGGCACAGGAGGUGCCUUGCUUUGUGGCUGGUGACGAGCGGUCCAAUGAGCACAUUGGCCUGACCGCUUUACACACACUGUUCCUUCGUGAGCACAACCGCCUGGUCCGUGCUCUGGCAGACCUCAACCCUCACUGGAACGGAGAGAGACUCUAUCAAGAAGCACGUAAAAUCAUGGGAGGACAUUCACAGGUUCUCACUUUCAGAGACUACUUACUUCCCAUUGUUGGUCCAGACUUCAUAGCCAGUCAUCUGUCCACCUACCCUGGCUAUGAUGAACACGUGGACCCCUCGAUGUCCAAUGUGUUUGCCACAGCUGCCUACCGAUUCGCUCACCUUAUGGUUCAGCCUUUCAUGUUUCGUCUUAAUGAGCAGUACCAGGAUCACCCUGAGUUCCCCAGCCCGUUGCUGCACAAAGCCUUCUUUACACCGUGGAGGGUCGUCUUUGAAGGUGGUCUGGACCCCCUCAUCAGGGGCCUGGUGGGUCGUCAGGCCAAGAUGAACACACAUGAUCAAAUGAUGACGGAUGAACUGAGGGACAGGCUGUUUAAAUUCACUAGUGAGUUGGCACUGGAUCUGGCUGCCCUCAACAUGCAGAGAGGAAGAGACCAUGGACUCCCUGGCUAUAACAAAUGGCGUAAGUUCUGUGGGCUGUCGCAGCCAAGAAAUAAGAAAGAGCUGUCAAAAGUGCUGAAAAGUAAUGACCUGGCUGAAAAACUGCUGAAUCUCUAUGGGAGAGCUGACAACAUCGAUGUGUGGCUGGGAGGAGUGGCUGAGCCGUUUGUCCGUGGAGGAAGAGUGGGACCUUUGUUUGCCUGCCUGAUUGCCACUCAGUUCCAGCGGACCCGCACGGGAGACCGACUUUGGUGGGAGAACAAUGGCGUUUUCACUGCGGGCCAGAGGGACUCCCUGAAGGACACCUCUCUUGCACGUAUCAUCUGUGACAACACUGGCAUCACUGAUGUACCAGCCCAGCCCUUCCUGUAUGCCCCCAGAAAGUCUGGUUACACUAAAUGUGGUGACAUCCCUGACUUUGAUCUCAGUCCAUGGAAGGAGAGUAUUAACUCGUAAGCGGUCUGACUGAAGACGGCUACAUCUCAGGGCAUCUGUUUUUUCUGUGUUCUUCACACUUCUGCUGACUACUUAAAACAUUAGUCACAAAACUAUAAUGCUCCAAACCUUGUGUAUUGUUUGAAUUAGAAUUGUUGCUUGCUUUGUCAUGUGGAAUAAAAUCUUUUUCUUUGUAAUUUACAUGUUUUAUUUAAAUCUAAGGGCAAUUCAUACAUCACAUUUCUGCUGGAUAUUAUUCUGCUGGAGUGCUGGCGAUUAGUUGAAAUGUGAUAUUUUCUUAGAUUUUUUUUCUUCUCUUUCAAAUGUUGAUUUUCAUUCCUGACCAAUAAAUGCAACCUGUUUGAUCAUUUCUAAAUAA